AUGCUGAGGAAGAAGAAGUGCGCUGAGAAGAGAACCUUCUCGAGUCUGAGAGAGCCAUCGAAGUCUCCUAGGAGCAAUGCUCUCAACGACCUUCUGUUCGAGGCGCUAUGUGACGACGGUUCAUGGCAUGAUGUCGUCUUGCUGUACAUGGACAACCAAGGGCGGUGCCUCGUCACAAGGGAUCCUAACGUCUUCCAGGUCCCUGAUGAAGGCUUCUUGAGCUACUUUGGUAAGCUCAUCGAGCGAAUCCAACCCAGGAGCUCCAAGGGAAUCAGUCCUUCACUGCGUGUUCAAGAUCUGUCAUGGAUGGAGAGGUUGGAUUGUAACGUUAUGGUUCGAGAAAAGUGCCAAUGGGUGCAAGCCCCUUGCUGCUUACGGAGACGAUCGACGAGGCUGGACAAAGAGCAUGCUCUGAGCGUGGGAGACAAUGUCUUGGCAGUUCUGUACUUGGACGACCACACAGAGCAUUAUUUUGAUGCGGACGUGAUGCAGAUUCGGAAACAUGAAGGUACCUCGGUGCAGAUCCAGUUCGUUCAUGGACCAAAAGUUGGAACAGUUCAGUGGGCCUCUUCCUCCGACUUGUUUCGUGUGCAAGAUUUGGGUCUGACGAAUGAAGACGUGAGGCUGUCUCUGCACAACGGGUACAGAGUUUUGUCAGCACAGCACUCUCCAAUGAAGCCAAGGGAGGAGGUUGAGGGUGCAAACCAUGAGCCUGUACAAGAUGAUUGCUUCCGCUCUAAUGGUAGCAGCCAGUCAUCUCUUAUCAGCGAGGAAGCGGCGUCAGGGUACGCUUGCACGCUUCUCAACUGGGCAACUGCCUCAGAGGAGGAAAUUCAUGACUUCAAGGAAUUUCUGACCUCUCGCUACCCGAAAUUGUCGCCCACUUUUCGGAUACUGUCUCAUCACAAGGUGAUAAUUGAUGGAUCUGGAGACUUGAAGUAUACCGUCGGGUUUGAUGCACAGACUCUGCCCAUGCUGUGGCCAUUGAGCGAGAACAAAUGGACGCAGUGCGUUCAAUUGCUGCAGAAGCAUUCCGCACUGGGACGAGAGGCUGUCUCCGAAGUUGUCAAAGGCUCGAUCUCCUACAGUCGAUGGCACGCUCCCCUCAAGCUUGUCGACGUGAGCGCGAUGUCGUCUGCCAGAUCACCUCUGUUUGUUGAUGACCAUAGUCGAGGUGAGAAACAGCGGGAGCUCGCAGGGAACGACGAGCGAAACUCAGAAAAAGUGGAUGCUAGAGCGUCAAAUCACGUAGACACUAUCGAUAUCGAUCAUCUAUCUAAUGGUGCGACGCCUCUCCAGGAGGAUGGAGGAAAGAGAGCGGAGAGGGCAAUGACGUUUGAGGGGAGGGAAGGUUCGUGGUGGCCGCCGACGUUGAAUCACAUCUUCUUCUCAUCUUGGAGGGCCAGUGCUCGUACGUUUCGAGCCGUUGCUAGACCCGUCGACCAGCUGUCUCCUUCCCUGGGAUCGGCACAGCAGCUCAACGGAAUGGCAGGGAGCAUCCAAGGAGGCGGGAAUGGGGUUGGAGCCGCUACCUCCAACGCUGAAACCCAACGCCAGACCAACGAGGGUUCGUAUUCGAAGGCCUAUCAUGACGUGAUCCGUGAGAACGGGGAGCGAUCGCUCCCUCCCACCUCGCAGCGAUGGAUGAAGAUGGAAAAGAAACUAGCGGGCAAGCCCGUGACAUUCAGCGGUCGUGACGGAGAGGCGACAAGGGGAUUUCUGCAUCUAUCGAGAUCGAAGGACGGCAGUCUGUCGCUUCAGGUAGAGUGUAACAACGUUUGCCAAAGUAUCGAGGAUUGGUCGAAGAGACAGACAUCGCAACUAGAUGGCAUAGUGAUUGAAUCCAUGAACAUGGCACUCAGCGAUGCCCUUGCGGCAUUCAAGUGCGAAUACCGAGAUGGAAAACUCCUUCCGAUCAAAACCAAGGAGGAUGGUGACGAGCACCAUCGAGGCUCUGCUAAGGCAGCGUCCAAGUCCGCCUCGAGGAAACGGCUCUUCCCGGAGGUGCCGGAGGCGGAAGAGUUGGCUAGAAACUCUCUGCCAUCAUCAUCUUCCAAGAAACGCGAGUCUUCCAAGAGUGUCUCUAGAGCCUCUAUCAGACCAACAGAGCCUGGGAGAUCUGAAGGGUACUCCAGCGCCAAGAAGCUCGAUCGAAGUCGGGCAGCCGAUGAGGUAGCUCGGGCAGCUAGUCUUGGUCGUUGGGCUGACUUGGAUGCUGCUCAGGAUAUCACCGUGACUUUCUUCCCAGAAGAGGAUGAGAUGGAGGAGGGCGACCCCAAAUGCUCCACACCGACAGCGAUGCCUGGCAAGCACGGCACCGCCUCGAGCAAGAAGAGAAAGAGGUCGGAGCAGGAGGCGGGCCUUGCCAAGGGAAGCUCUAUCAAAGUAGAGCUCGAGGAUGAAAUGAAGCUGAACGCGUCUAGGGAUGUGGGUGAAGAUGAGAGUUGGAACAGGGGUCAAACAAGCUCCCCCGCUGCUGCCUCUGCUGAUCAUGCUCACUAUGGACAACAUUUGUCUCAGCAGGGCGCGAUAGAUGUCAACUUCAUACUGGAGCGGUGCAGGAUCUUUGAGGACGACCAGAAGGGGUGCAAGGGAAGAGACUCUACUGAGAGAGACAUAAUCUUGCUCACCCAGUUUCUUGUGUACGGACUGAAGAAGGUCUCGGGCCACGGCCUUUCAUCCCUUGUGUCAUCCCUGACAGUUGGCUCCUUGCAGACGUUCUUCUCCAGGAAUCUCAGCAGGGCAGUGUUGGAAAAGAUGGCAGACGAUGUGAUACAGGCGACUAGGCAGAACAAACCCGACCUGCUACGCAAGCUGCUGUACAAGAUUGAAAGGAACAUCAAAUGGGGGGCGAUGACCCCGGGGUACGACCGCACCCAGCUGUUCUCCUUGCCGAUGGACUGCAUGGAAUCAGCCAAAGACUUCGUGACGAAGUUGAUCGCCAGCAUUCAGAUGGGCGCCUGGAUGCCUUCGUAUCUGCUGAGAAUAGGAUGGGAAGGACUCACGAGAAGCUCGUCAACGGUGCACGGCUGAGCAUGCGGGAUCAAGUUGAAAUGUGUUGUUG